AUGGCGUGUAAAAUAUCGAAUAUUGUGUUUCCCGGACAGUUUAACCCCAAGACUGAUAAAUGGUGUGAAUACAAAGAACGAUUAUUGUGCUCAUUGGAUGUGUGUGGUGUAGACAAUGAUAACCUAGAAAAAGCGCGAUCUAUAUUCUUAUCUCAGUGUGGAAAAGAUACUUAUUCAUUGAUUGUAUCACUUUUAGUGCCAAAACGACCAACUGAAGUUCCAUUUAAAGACAUUCUUGCGGUGUUAGACCAGUUUUAUGAACCUGAAUUGAAUGAAAUAUUGCAAGCGGGAAAAUUUCAUACACGCACCCAAGCUGAUGGAGAGGGCGUGCAGGAAUUUGUAGCGGCCAUUGGGUUGUUAGGUGCCAAAUGCAAUUUUAUUGACCUGAAGCGGCAGUUGCGAGACCGUUUAGUGUUGGGUGUGCGCGAUCAGCGCUUGCGCCGUGAGCUGUUGAAAACUAAAAAUUUGACGUAUGAAACAGCAGUACAGUUGUGCCUUAAUCACCAGGCUAUUGUGCAAGAUAUUUACCCAGACUCUAAACUCUGCACGAAGCAAACUCAUUUAGAUGGCGCCGAGGCUAUGGAUAUUGACAAGAUUAGUGCUGCGGGGUGUCGACAUUGUGCGCGACAUCACAAAGAAGGCGAACGAUGUCCAUUUAUAAGGGCUAGGUGUUUUUAUUGCAAACGCCUGGGGCAUAUCGCGUCGGCUUGUGAUCGGAAGAGUAAGAAACAGCACCAGGUGGCAGACGUCACAGAAGAGCCUAAUGCAGGAAAGGUCGAAAAUAUGAUGGGUGUGUACGUGUGUUCAGAGAGACACGCACCCCCUAUACAGGCAGAGUUAACGAUUAAUGGUGCUGCAGUUACAAUGGAGGUCGAUUCUGGAGCAUCUCGGACAAUUAUUUCGGCAGCUACGUAUCGACACUUGUGGAUUAAACCCCCACCUCUGAGACCUACAAAUGUUAAAUUAGUGACAUAUUCCCGUGAAGCCUUGCAAGUUCUGGGGUUCACAUAUGUUCAGGUCACACUGGGCAACAAGGAGGCUCAAUGUGAAUUAUUUGUGGUGUCAGGAGAAGGACCUAGCCUUCUGGGUCGAAGUUGGUUUAAAGCUUUAGACCUGCAAGUAACUGGUAUCUGUUGGACACAAGCGGAAGUUACUAGUGAUUUAUUGAAAAAGUUUCCUGAGUUAUUUAAGGAUGCUCUGGGAGAGUACAAGGGGCCGGAGGUGUCCCUGCAUCUACGUACAGACGCCACGCCGCGUUUUUUAAAGGCUCGUCCGGUACCAUUUCCACUAAGGAAACAAGUUGAAGAGCAAUUGACGCAGAUGAUUAAUGAUGGAAUAUUAACUCCUGUAAGAUACUCUAAAUGGGCAACGCCACUAAGGAUUGUGAAGAAAGACGAUGGUUCUCUUCGGAUCUGUGGAGAUUAUCGAUCAACUGUCAACAUGGCAAUCGAUGUUGAUACAUACCCCUUACCUGCAGCCACGGAGAGUUUUGUAAAGCUCAGUGGGGGGAGAAUCUUUAGUAAAUUGGACUUGAAACAAGCCUAUAUGCAAUUGAGGGUAGAUCAUGACACAGCUAUGCUGCUGACACUAAAUACGCCUCUAGGACUCAUGAGGAUGAACAGACUAGCCUUUGGAGUGAAUGCGGCACCUGGUAUUUUUCAGAGAGUUAUGUCAUCGGCGCUAGCAGGAAUGGAUGGCGUAGCAUGUUUGUUGGAUGAUAUUGCUGUGUCUGGGAAGACAUCAGAGGAACAUGAUGCCAGGUUACAGGCAGUUUUACACAAAUUAAAUGAAAUGGGUCUCAGAUUGAAAUUAGGUAAAUGUGUCUUUGCUUCAAACAGUAUUAAUUUCUUGGGACAUAUGAUAGACGCCGAGGGGCUACAUCCAUGCCCCAAUAAAGUCAAAGAAAUUAAGGAAAAACCAGCCCCAACAAACAAGCAGACUUUACGUGCAUUCCUGGGCUUAUAUAACUUCUAUGAAAAAUUCUUGCCUGACAAAGCAACCUUGUUGGAACCUUUGUACCGUCUUCUAGAGAUGAAGAAGCCAUGGCAUUGGGGUCAAGUUGAGCAAAAGACAUUUGAUAGGGCAAAAGACCUAUUGGCUUCUGAUUUGACAUUAGUUGGUUAUGAAGUAGACCGAGAGUUAUUGCUUAUUUGUGAUUCAUCGGACUAUGGACUAGGAGCGGUGAUAGUACAUGUUAUGGAUGAUGGAUGUGAAAAACCCAUUAUGAUGGCUUCACGAACUUUACAACCUCAUGAAAGAAGAUAUGGACAAAUAGAUAAGGAAGCUUUGGCAAUCAUGUUUGGAUUAAGGAAGUUUCAUGAAUUUCUAUCAGGCCGUCCAUUUUGUAUUGUAACUGACCACAAACCUUUGGUGAGUCUUUUUGACCCUAGUAAACAAAUUCCUGAUCAGAUUUCUCCCAGAAUGUUACGAUGGUCUCUGAAACUGGCUGGUUAUAACUACCAAAUUAAGUACAGAGCUGGAAAAUUGAUUGGUAAUGCAGAUGCACUUAGUCGUUGGACUGAGCUAGAGACCUCGGAAAUAUCAGUGAAACCUCUCAGAGAUGUGUUGUUAUUGGAGGAACAACCUGACGGCUGGAACUUGGAUGUAUCCAAAUUAGCUGCAGAAACCGGGAGAGACCAGGUGUUAAAGCGGGUUUUGUUUCACAUACUCCAUGGCUGGCCAAAUAAAGCUCCAGACACCACCCUACAGCCGUAUUGGACACGCAGAGAUGCUCUUUCACACAAUAAAGGAUGUUUACUGUGGUGCAACAGAGUCAUUAUUCCUGCUAGUUUACAACAGGAAGUACUUCGAUUAUUGCAUGCACCGCAUGCAGGUGUAGUCCAAACAAAGGCUUAUGCAAGAGGAUAUGUGUGGUGGCCAGGAAUGGACAUACAAAUUGAGAGUGUGGUGGGAAGCUGUGAGGCAUGCCAAGCGGUUAGAAAUAAUCCACCAAGAGAUCCACAAGCCUGGAUUGUUACUGAAAGGCCAUGGAGCCGAGUACAUGUGGACUUUGCAGGCCCAUUCCAGGGCAAAACUUUUUUUGUAAUGAUUGACAGUUAUAGUAAGUGGUUUGAGGCAGAGAUCGUUUCCUCCAUGUCUAGUGAAGUUGUGAUAACAGUAUGUAGGAAGAUAUUUGCAUCACAAGGCAUACCCGAUAUUUUGGUGUCAGAUAAUGGCAGGGCAUUUACUUCAAAUGAAUUUAAUACAUUUUUGAGGAAGAAUGGUAUAAAGCAUUUGUACUCGCCGCCCUAUCAUCCGGCUUCGAAUGGACAGAUUGAACGGGCAAUACAAACUUUUAAAAAUAAAUUGAAGAAAAUGUCCCUUAACAACCUACCAUGGAGUGAAAAACUUCCUAGAGCACUGUACGCACUUAGAACAGUUCCUACUAGUUCGACUAACAAAACUCCGGCAGAGAUGUUGAAUGGACGUAAAUAUAGAACAGCUGUAUCAAGUUUGCAUCCUGAUAAUGUACCAAGUUCACAGGAACAACAGCUAGAGGAUAGAUCUCAACAACAGGCUGAAAGGAGAUUUACGGUGGACCAGCCAGUUUUGAUUCGUAACUAUGGACCAGGGGAGAAGUGGAAUAGAGCCACUGUAGAGAUGGUAGAAGGCCCUAGCUCAUAUAUGGUGAGGACGGAGGAUGGUGAGCUACACAGACGUCACGCUGACCAAAUACUUGCUCGUAGAUUAACUCAACUGGCCAAUAGACAAGUAAUGGCAGAUCAUUCAAGGUCAGGCUCUUGUUCACCAGAACCGCCAAUAGAGAUACCUCCUCCUGAAUUAUGGCCAGACAUCAUUGGUAUACCAAAUACAGAUGGACCUUAG